CCCACCAACUCUGUCUAGCUUCCCUGCGACAGCUGAAAGAAAGCAUGGCCACAGCAUGCUGCUGCCACCACCGUGUUUCACCAGGGGAAUGGUAUGCUCAAGGUUCCACACAUGCAUGUAACGCUUAACAGAUACAUUUUGGUCUAAUGGGCGUCCUGCACAUGGCUUCUAGUGAACUUCAAACAAAAUGUAUACGGCUGUUCUUCCUGCUUCUCUUCUGUGAAGACCUUCAGUAAUGAACUUCGGCAAAAGAGACGCAAGCACGACGACCUGGCCCUUUGACCCUGUCCUCCCACUGUGACGAUUCAUCUCUGCAUCCACAGAACGUUCAUUAGAGAUUUUUAAGUGGCUUUCGGCUUUCUGGGUCACUUUCAAAAGUUGCCUUGAGGAAUAUAUAAGACCUGUGAACGGCAGACGCAAAGACGGAGACCACAGCAAUCACCUCUGAGCGCUUGUAAAGCAGAACGUGAAGAAACAGAAAUGUCUGGAGCUGCCGUGUCCGUGGGCCUGCUUUUCCUCCUGUCCGUUUGUUCGGCGUGUUACAUCUCCAACUGCCCCAUCGGUGGAAAGAGGUCAAUCAUGGAUGCUCCUCUCCGAAAGUGCAUGUCUUGUGGCCCUGGAGACCGGGGCCGCUGCUACGGCCCCAGCAUCUGCUGUGGGGAGGGCAUCGGCUGCCUCUUGGGCUCCCCUGAGUCGGCACACUGCGUGGAGGAGAACUACCUGCUCACCCCCUGUCAGGCCGGUGGGAGAGCCUGUGGCUCAGAGGGAGGACGCUGCGCCGCUGCAGGACUUUGCUGCGAUGCAGAAAGCUGCACUGCAGAUCAGUCGUGCCUCCCUGAGGACGACGGAGACGACCAAAGCAGCCAGUUGGAAGGCGGUGACCCCACCGACAUCAUCCUCAGGCUCCUGCAUCUGGCCCGCCACACUUCUCACCGAACCCACCAAUGAGCACCUCCGCUACCCGAAGGUCUCUCUGCAAGGACAAUGGGACUUGUAGUUCCUGCUGUAUAGCUGUGUUUCCAUGUCUGUCACCACCUUUUGCGCUUCAGUAGAGUGCCUUUGUCGAUAUAUUUUUGAGUAUGAAAACAGGGAUGAAUACAGAGAGGUCAUCCAGAGUUCUGCAUGCUGAAAUAAAGUUUGGAGAAAGUAUAA